GAUAUAAAUUUAUGUUUUUGAUAUAAUCAGAUAUUAAAAUUUUUAUAAAUCGUGUAAAAUAAAAUAUGCUUAAAAUAAUUGAAAUUUGAUUUGAUUUACAUAUAAAAAUUUAAACUUACUGAGUUUUGAAUAAAAAAAAAAACUAUUUUUAUAAUUUUAGGUUAAUUUUCCUAUGGAGUUCUAGAAUUAACAAAAUCAUCAGAUGUUAUUUAGCUGUAAAAGUAUUUGGUUUGCAUUGGUGACCAGUGUAAUAAUAUCUCUAGGUUUAUUGUAUUUUUCAUUAAAUUCACCACAAGAUGAAAUUAAAAGUAGUUUUCAAUAUAAUGAUAAGAAUAUACCGACAUAUGAUAUUCAAAUACCUGAUUCAAGAACACAUCUCAUAAAUAAUUUAUCCAGAGAACUAGCUCUUGCAAAUGAAAAAAUUAAAAAGCUGGAAGAAAAAAUGCAAGGAUUUGAUGAACGCAUCAAAAAACCAUAUCCAAAUGUCAAAUAUUUGAAUUAUCGUUCCAAAAAACGUAUACUGGUAACUGGUGGUGCAGGCUUUGUUGGAUCUCAUCUUAUUGAUAAAUUAAUGAAAGCUGGUCAUGAUAUAACUGUAGUUGAUAACUUCUUUACUGGUGUCAAAGCUAAUGUUGAACAAUGGAUUGGACAUGCUAACUUUGAAUUAAUUCAUCAAGAUAUUGUUAACCCAUUAUUUGUUGAAGUUGAUGAAAUUUAUCAUUUAGCUUCACCUGCUUCUCCUCCUCAUUAUAUGUUUAAUCCUGUCAAGACUAUUAAAACAAACACUAUUGGAACAAUAAAUAUGUUAGGUCUCGCCAAACGAGUAGGUGCCAAAGUGUUAAUAGCUAGUACCUCUGAAGUGUAUGGUGACCCUGAAGUACAUCCACAACAUGAAACUUACUGGGGUCAUGUAAACCCUAUUGGACCACGUGCGUGUUAUGAUGAAGGUAAAAGAGUUUCUGAAACUCUUAGUUAUGCCUAUGCUAAACAUGAAAAAGUUUCUGUGAGAGUUGCCCGAAUUUUCAACACAUAUGGACCACGUAUGCACAUGGAUGAUGGCCGUGUAGUGUCCAACUUCAUCGUUCAAGCUCUCCGAAAUGAAUCAAUUACAGUUUAUGGUUGUGGUAAUCAAACACGAUCAUUUCAAUUUGUAUCUGAUCUUGUUGAUGGCCUGAUAUCAUUAAUGGAAUCUAAUUAUACACAACCGGUUAAUCUUGGUAAUCCAACGGAACACACAAUUAAUGAAUUUGCUAUCAUCAUUAAAGAUUUAGUUGGAGGAAAAAGCAAAAUAAUAACUACUCCAGCAGUUGAAGAUGAUCCACAAAGGAGAAAACCAGAUAUAACUAGAGCUAUGACUUAUCUAAAUUGGAAACCUAGGGUAAAAUGUUGGAUUAAAAGAAGGUUUGAAAAUUACUAUUGGCCAUUUUAGAAAAGAAUUGAGAAAAUCACAAAAUAAAUUUAAAUAAGAAAAAAAUUUAAUAAAAUGAGGAAGCAAAUCAUAAUUAUUUUUAAAUGUUUUAAUUGUCUGUGAUUUAAUUAGUUGUUCAAUUUAUAUUGUUUUAUAUGAUUUAAAUUUAAUUGUUAUUACGUGUUAUUUAUUUUAUUUAAAUAAUGUAGAUAGGAAGAUUAUAUUAAAAAUGAACUUAUUAAUAAACUCUUAAUAUUUUUUUAAA